ACAGUGGUCGUAAAUUGAGGACUACCUGCUUUAAACAAAGCAAGCCUCUAUAAAGGACAUCAGAAGACAAUAAAGAGUAGAAUGAAGUGAAAAUGGGAUAAAAUGGGAAACAUUUCUAAGAAGCUGGGAAGCAAAGCAUGAAUGCACAAGCUUCACUUAUCCUUGCUCCUUUGGCAAUUAUUACUAUGGCAGGUAGUUGCCUAGUCAGCCACGAUUAGAUUGGAUUUGGUAAUUUUAUUCACCUACUGACUCUUUCCCAAAUACUUAGAAUAGGCAGAUGUUAUUAUUUAAUGGUGUUAAACUAUCGUCGCAGGAUGUAACAUCUUCCAGGUAAAGCUGCCUUUCGCAAUUGACUGAUGAGAUUUUUGUCAACGCCGAUAGUAUUAUUAUCCGAUUCUGGUUGUUCUGUUCAUUUAGCUGUCGUAAAAAAAGGAGCAGACGAAUUUGCCUACCCCGCUUCUCAUGCAAUGUAAGGGGACAUCCAUCCACAUAUCAUCCGGCAGUUAAUGCUUUAAGUUAUCAUGCACGUUGCUGGCGAAAUGGUUUCUGAAUCUCCCGCCCAUCAAUCUAUGCGAACACACCACGCACAGAAGGCGCAGGGAGGCGCCCGCUGAUAAUUCCCGGCGUUGCUAUCUCUGACGACGCAUAUUGCUAUCUUGUAAGGGAAGCGUAAACGCUGCCUUCCACCUCUUGCUCUAAUCCCACCCCGACCUAGUCCCUGGUUAGCCAUUCGGCAUAUGUUAGAUAGACAGAUAGCGGCACUCAGAGCGCAUGCCCCAAGAGGUGAAGAGCGUCCGAAAUAUUGCUGCGCAUGCGCCACUCGGACGAUCACCCCCGGGGACGACCGCGUCACUGUUUCUUCUGAGACUGACUCGACCGAAACAAGGUCGGUAAAAGGGAAGCACGCCAACCGACCACCAACGAAUGAAGUCGGGAAACCUUGGGCCUAUCAAAGCUUACUUCUCCCACGUGGGGUUAAAAUAAGGCGGGAUCUUUUCUUCGAUUGCUUCCCGGAGCCGGCCAAUCCGCGUUGGGAUCAGCCAAAUGAGCGAGGCAGCUUCUCUCCCAGUGGCCCGACCUCGAUCGCCGCUGGCCAAUCAGGAGAAGCUGCGCAGGAUUCUCGCGCUUAGUCAGUUGGAAGAGGCCGUUUCCCUUGUGCCCUUCCCCCACCCUCCUUCUCCUGUCGUGCCACCGACGGUUGGGCAGACUCGCGGCUUUUUGCCCGCCCCUUUCGGAUUUUUAUCUGUCGUUGGGACCGGAGUUGAAUUACCAUGAGCGAGGGCGGCGAGGACUGGGGGGCCCCGUCCCCUAAGCAGCGGCGCUUAGACCCGGCUUGUCAACUGCAGAAGGAGACUGAGGCAGCCCAAGCUCUGGCCGAAAUGACGGCUUGGGGCGGCGGGAGCUUUGAAGUCCUCAACCAGCAGGAGGCGCACGCGAGCUCCGCAGCAAAAUCGAGUAGCCUGGAAACGGCCGGCCAGCAGGGGGUGCGCGCAACCGCCCCAGCGGUCGGGGAGCGAAGCGCUUCGGGGCAGGAUUUGGGGACUCGGUACGGCCGCGCAGGGGUAGAUCGGGAGGCGUCCUCCGACGAGGAACUAGGAACCGCAGCGGGGGGCGUGGAGACUGCCAGGCUGAAGCGGAGGAACGCGGAAGCCGCCGCCACCGCCGCCACUGUGAGCGAUGACUAUGAGGACGGCCGGGAGACCAAGAGAAAGAGGAAGGACGCCAAGGAGAGGCGCAGGGCUGCCGAGGGAGCAGCUGAAGCAGCAGAGGAUGAGUGCUCCGUCAUUUCGGUGGGGGAGGAAGAGGAGGAGGAGGAGGACGACGACGAGGAGGAGGAAGAGGAAGAAGGGGGCAAACAGCAACCCACUCGCAAAACUGAGCAGUACUUGGAAGCCCUGGAGGCUGUGCAGCUGGAACUGGAAGCUGUAAAUCAGCAGGCCAACCGUGCCUUUGCCCAGCUCAAAGCAAAGUUCAGUCACAUGCGGCGCCCACAUCUGGAGCGACGUAACGUCAUCAUUCAAAACAUCCCCGGUUUCUGGGUCACUGCUUUUCUCAACCAUCCUCAGCUUUCAGCCAUGAUCAAUGACCGGGAUGAGGACAUUUUGAGUUAUAUGACCAAUCUGCAGGUUGUGGAUUUCACCCAUGCAAAGUCAGGCUGCAAGAUCAAGUUCUACUUCAGCAGCAAUCCCUAUUUCCAGAAUGAGGUCAUUGUGAAGGAAUUCCAGUGUGGUUCUUCUGGGAGAUUAGUUUCUCAUUCUACACCAAUUCGCUGGUGGCGUGGCCAGGUCCCACUAGCUCAUGGCCAGAAGAACUUCGAAAUGGGCCGCAGCUUCUUCAGUUGGUUCUGUGACCAUAGCUUUCCUGCAGGAGAUCGCAUUGCCGAGAUCAUUAAAGAAGACCUGUGGCCCAAUCCACUUCAGUACUAUCUGAUGGGGGAAGGUGGUGAAAAUGGUGAAGAAGACAGUGAGACAGAGAAUGGUGAUGACUUUGUUGUGAUUGUGGAUGAUGAUGGCGAAGAUGAGGAGGAAGAUGGGGUGGCAGAUGUCCAUGAAAUCAUAGAUGAAGAAGAGACUGAGCGAGGUGAAGUGGUGGAAGAGGUAUUAAGUGGCCAAGAAGAUGAUAUUGCUGGAUCCAAGUCCUCCCGAGAUGAGCCAGAUGGGAAGGAUUCUGAGGUGGAAGAAGAUGGCUAGAUUAGCUUAUAAAAGAACAGUGUAUCUGGUUGGAUUUUCCUAUAGGGACCUCAGUGGCACUUUGAUGCUGACCAAUUGCACUUGGACAUGGCAAAAGAUGGGGUGUAUCAGCAGCGGUCACUUAGAUUAUUUUGUAUCUUUAUUUAUUGUAUUGACUGCAUUUCUCUCUCUGCCCUUUUGGGGGCACUAUGUGCAAGCACCCCCUUAAUUGUUUGAUGCUUAGCAUCUCCUACCUGCCUGUGUGGGGGCUGUAUGCUUAUUUGCCCUGUCCCCUGGUGGCUACUCAGGGUCUUGUUUGCCCAGAGGCCUUUUUAAAACAGCUCAGGGUUUCCUUUUUCCAUUCAGCAUUAUUAAGCUGCUGGCUUUUCGCACCUUCCUUGAACUCUGCUUAUAAGGAUUCUACUCACCCUGUAUAUAUUUUAGCUUAAGUAUGCCUGCUAGCGGCCGACCAGUGCCUCAUGCCAUCAAAACAUAAUCCCAGUCUUACUUUUUCCACAUUGAGGGUAGGGCCUAACCUAAUGGGACUCAUCCAUCGCCAAUGCAGGGUUCUGUCAUUCUAACCUAGUUUGUAAUAGCUCCCGUUGAUCUAAAUGGCAACCUUGCACCCAUUGGCUUAGCUGAAGCAAUAAUAGCUGUCUGGAUGCACAGUAUUUUCCUUGGAGUUGUUAAUGCAAGGAGAAAGGCUGUGAUGAUGGCUUUUUCUUGUGUUUGAUAUUUUCUCCAGUGCUCCAGUUCAUGAAAGCAAUGGCAAGAUGUUUCUAGCAACAGCGUGUAUAUGUGAUUUUAUUCUCCAAUGUACUUUAUGUAUAAUUGCAGACAAUUUCCUAGCAAUGUUCCUAAAGCAUCAUACCCAGUUGGAUUUGCCCAUUCCCUAUACCCCACAGAGGCUGUUCUAUGCAAUGCUACUGAUAUUUGUAGAAAGGCAACCAUUUUCCUUGGCUGAUUUUUUUGUAUAUUUCGUAUCAGGACUUUGUACUUUUUUUUACUAUAAAAAAAAGCACUUAACGUACCAAGCGCUUUCCAAUUUGGUGUGUGACUCUUUUAUUUUGAAUAUCUAAAGCCUCAUAUUCUGUGCUCAUAAUGCCUAUGUAAGUGAGGAUAUACAGACAAGUUAUACUGUAUAUGCUUUACUCUAAAAUGGGAGGUGAACUGGCACAGAGGGGAACUGGCACGGAGUAAAUAGUGAAGGAUGAAUAUGAAUUAUAAAAGAAAAAAGUGAAUAUAUUUUGCAUUACAGAUAGUCCUCACUUAGCUAUCACAAUUGGGAUCAGUAACUCUGAUGCUAAGCAACAUCAUUGCUAAGUGAAACAUAUCUAUGAGGGUCUUACAGUGUCACUUCCCAUUCAGUUGUUUAAGCAAAUCAAUGCAGGUUUUAAGAGUAGCUGCAUCACAGCAACUUGCAAUUUUAUUGUUGGUUUCCCCAUUGACUCUACUUGUUAUAAGCUAGUUGCAAAGCACAGAAAUGGCAAUCACAAGACAGUGGGACACUCUGACAAUUGUAAAUACCCUCCCCUCCAAGUUGUGGAACAUCCAAAUUUUGAUCACAUGACUGCAGGAACAGUGCAACAGUUAUAAAUGAUUGGUCAUAAAGUUACUUUUUCAGUCCUGUUGUAAGUUUGUACAGUUGCUAAACAGGGCAGUUGUUAAACAUGGUCUACCUGUAUAGAAUUUUUUCCUCUGAGCUGUUGGUACUUCAUGCUGAUACAUAAUACGUUCAGUACUAAAGAACUCAAAAAUCUAAACAUAUUGCAAACUCUUAUAAUUGCAGAACACCAGGAAUCUUGAUGGUAAAAAACAGUAACUUAGAAUAGUAAUUUUUAAAUAGUAAAGUAGAAUAGUACUUUUUAAAAAGAAAUAUUAAGAAAUGCAUUCCUUAUGUAAAAAGCCUGGACCUGAUAACUUUCUUAGAAAUGGUUUGAUGUGGUCUUUUUAUGGAGUAAACUGCAUUUAGCAUCUUUAAGUGGGGGGAUAAUACAGUAAUUCUUGAGCACCAGAAUAAAUAUGCUUGCAUGUUUUUUUGAUGUGUGGAGAUAGGGUCAUUAGGAUGAACUAUUGUAACUUCAACUUCUCAGAGAUGCUAGUAUUUCAAGUAUAUGAGAAGGGUGGUAUUGGGAAGCAUAUAAACAUGCAAUCUUUUUUCUGUGUUCUGAAAUGAUUCACUGUGGAAAGACAAUUCCAUUGGAUUUUUCCUCCCUAGGAAUUAAAGUGGAGCAAUUGAGGAUAUGUAAUACAUUCUGAAAAAUACAUCUGCUUGAAAAUUCAGAAAUUGGUUACAAGGCAAAAUAAUAAAUUUACUCAUUUCCACAGCUCGAUACA